CGGGCGGGCUUCCGCUGUCCCGGGCCUUUGUCGCGGGUCGGCCACCUUGGGUCUGCGCCCGGCCGUGUUCUUACCUGGAUUCGGGGCUUUGGGUCCUGGGCUCGGUGGCCUGGGCCACAGGGCUGCCGCCACGAUGGAAACUUGAACUUUUCCAGAAUUCCCACUGAAACUUUGCUGCUGUGGGAUCAAGAGAGGACACUUUAUACCCCAGGAUCUAGAAAUGGUUCAUCCAGAGACCUGAGGCUGUCUACUACGUGAACUUCAUGCCCAGGAAGCCCAAAAUGAUGGAAACUUGAACUUUUCCAGAAUUCCCUCUGAAACUUUGCUCCUGUGGGAUCAAGAGAGGACACUUUAUACCCCAGGAUCUAGAAAUGUGGUCUGGCAUUGAACAUGGGAAUGAAUCCUGAGCUAAGAAGGAACAUUGGCCGGCUAGGACCCCACUCUUUUGGAGGGUUAAUUCGUGACGAAGGAUUCCAGGAGCAGCUGUUCACAGAGGCCUCAAGCGUCCUCCUCUCUGAUGUCCUUCCCCAGUACUCUGUUAAUUUAAGUAGGGGGUGUGGCCUAGACCUGCGUUCACAUCUCUCUUUGAAGCCAUUCAAGCGGGGGCAUGCCUAUCAUCCACCUUCUGAUGAGGGUUAUUAAGGAAGAAGGUUGCACGUUCCAGACCAGCCUGGGCUACAUAGUGUGUUCUCAGCCAGCCUGAUGAACUUAGUUAGACUCUGUAUCAAGUAAAAAAGAAUCCAGGUCCUCUCUUGAGACUCACUUGGCUGUUCUGAAGAAUGGGAGGAUGGCAUUUCCUGCUGGGCAGUGAGGUGGACAAAGCAAGGCAAGAAUGAUUGCAUUGGAUUGGCCCAUCUGCUGUCACCUCUAUGACCAUAAAGCCAAGAAGAAGAAGGAGUUGGUGUCAUUUGAAGAUAUAGCUGUGGACUUCUCCUGGCAAGAAUGGCAAUACCUUGAUAUUGUUCAGCAAACCCUUUAUAGGGAUGUGAUGCUAGAAAACUACAACAGCCUGGUGUACUUGGGGCACUGUAUGAGCAAACCAGAGUUGAUCUUCAAGUUAGAGCAAGGAUAUGCACCAUGUAGUGUACCAGAAAGCUCAGCUCAGAGGCAUCCAGCAGAACUAAAACCUCAAGUGAGUAUCUACUAUACAAAGCCUCAUGAAUAUAAACAGUUCCAGCAAUUUGUCUGUCACAAGUUACAUCCCAUUCAUCAGAAUGCUCAGACAUGUGAGAAACCAUAUGAAGGUGAUGGAUGUGAGAAAUCUGUCUUCUGGAAGUCACAACUCACUCUUCACCAGAGAACUCAUACAGUUGGGAAGCCAUAUGGCUGUGGGGAUGCUUUUCUAAAGAAGACAAAUUUCACCAUUCGUCAGAGAACACAUACAGGUGAGAGGCCACCUGAAUGUAAUGAAAGUGAGAAUACCAAGAAGUCAGGUCUCACUAAUCAUCAGAGAACUCAUUUGGGUGACAAAUUGUAUGAAUGCAAUGGAUGUGGAAAUGAUUUCUUCUCUAAGUCCCAACUAAGUGUGCAUCAGAAAACUCACACAGUUGAGAAGCCAUAUGCAUGUAUUACAUGUGAGAAAAGUUUCUUUCAGAAGUCACAACUCACCAUUCAUCAGAGAACCCAUAUUGAUUAUAAGUCACAACUCACUGCACAUCAGACAAUUCAUACAGAUGUGGGAUGUUACAGGCAUGAAACUGCUAUGGAGCAGUGCCUGGACCACACGGUGAAUGCUAUGAUGCUGAUGGAAGUGAGCUUGACAGAAACAAGCUGCUUUUGGAGAAUAAAGCAAAACACAGAGAAUGAUGGAGAUAUGUGGAAGGACUGUAUUUUUGAAAUUGGGACAUCACGGAGGCCUAUGAAAGAAAGAAAUUUAACAACCGAGCUUCCACGUUUGCCAGUCAAAAAAUAUCAACACAUUCUGACAUUGAUUUUCGUCACUGAGGAGAUCAACAAGAAUCCCAACCUUUUACCCAACAUCUCGGUGAUGUUUACCUUUUUUCCUUUCAAGUGUGAUGAUUCAUUUAAAAUUAUCUUUUAUGUACGUUGGAUAUCAAAUACAUAUCGCAAGUUUCCUAAUUAUAGGUGUACAUCAGUUGGAUGUGCUGUGUUACUUACAGGACCAACAUGGGCAGCAAGUAGCAAAAUUGGAACAUUUCUGACCAUCUUUGAUUAUGCACAGAUUCACUAUGGCCCAUUUCAUCCUAUUCUGAGUGACCGUUAUCAGUAUCCUUAUCUGUAUCAGAUCGCCCCCAAGAACACAAGACUGCCAUUUGCCAUUGUCUCCUUAAUGCUGCAUUUCAACUGGACCUGGGUGGGUCUGGUCAUCUCUGAUGAUGACCAUGGUAUUCCAUUUCUCUCAGAUUUGAGAGAAAGGAUGCAAGGAAAUGAGCUUUGUUUGGCCUUUGUGAAUGUGAUCCCAUUAAGCAUGGAAUUAUACAAUACAAGGGCUGAGAUGUAUUAUAAACAAAUUGUGACAUCAUUAGCAAAUGUUGUGAUCAUUUAUGGUGAAAUGAAUUCUACACUAGAAGUGAGCUUUAGAAGAUGGGCUUAUUUAGGCAUCCGGAGGAUCUGGGUCACCACCUCACAGUGGGAUGUCAUCACAACUAUGAAAAGAGACUUCAUUCCUGACUCGUUCCAUGGGGAUUUCAGUUUUUCAAACCACCAUCAUGAGAUUCCCAAUUUCAAAAAAUUUAUUCAGACAAUGAAUACUUCCACAUAUCCAAUAGAUAUUUCACUGAUGAGAUCAGAAUGGAUGUACUUUAAUUGUUCAGACAAUGAAUCUAAAUGUCGAUCACAGAGCAUGUGUUUACCUAACACUUCAUUCGAGUGGAAUGCAGAUCAAGGAUUUGACAUGGCAAUGAAUGAUGAGAAUUACAAUCUAUACAAUGCUGUGUAUGCUUGGGCAUAUGCUCUCCAUGAAAUAUUAUUUCAGCAGGUAGAUGUUCAGCCAAUCAUACGUCAACACCUAGUUGAGUGCCCAAAGUUUUACCGCGCUCUGAAAAACAUACAAUUUAUUAACCCUGCUGGAGACCUAGUGGCCAUUAAUGAGAAUACAAAAAUUGAUGUGGACUAUGAUAUUCUCCACAUUUUGAAUUUUCCACAAGGAAUUGGUAUAAAAGUCAAAAUUGGACAGUUUUCUCCAUAUCUGACCCUUGGUCAGCAAUUGUAUUUGUCUGAGACAAAAGAGUGGGUCACAGGGAGUAGGCAGAUUCCCUCCUCUGUGUGCAGUUUGACUUGCAGGCCUGGCUUCAGGAAGUUCCAUCAGGAGGGAAAGGCAGCCUGCUGUUUUGAUUGCUCCCCCUGCCCAGUAAAUGAGAUUUCUAAUAAAACAAAUGUGGAUCAAUGUGUGAAGUGCCCAAUUGAUCAAUAUGCCAAUAUAGUGCAAACUUACUGUCUCCAAAAAACUGUGACAUUUCUGUCUUAUGAAGACCCCUUUGGCAUGGCUCUGGCUUUCUUGGCCCUGUGCUUCUCUGCACUCACUGCUCUUGUUCUUGGGGUUUUUGUGAAGCACCAAGACACACCGAUUGUGAAGGCCAAUAAUCGAACAAACAGCUACAUCCUGCUCAUCUCCCUCGAGUUUUGUUUCCUCUGUUCAUUACUCUUCAUUGGACAUCCCAACACAGCCAAGUGCAUCCUGCAGCAGAUCACCUUUGCAGUGCUGUUCACUGUGGCUGUGUCCACCAUCUUGGCCAAAACAAUUACUGUGGUUCUGGCCUUCAAGGUCACUGCUCCAGGAAGAAAGAUGAGGGGGCUGCUGGUAUCAGGAGCACCUAACUUCAUCAUUCCCAUCUGUACCUUGAUCCAACUUGUUCUCUGUGGAAUCUGGCUGGGAACAUCCCCUCCCUUUGUUGACACUGAUGCCCACUCAGAACAUGGCCACAUCAUCAUUGUGUGCAACAAAGGUUCAGUCACUGCCUUCUACUGUGUCCUGGGAUACCUGGGAUCUCUGGCUCUAGGGAGCUUCACUGUGGCUUUCCUGGCCAGAAACCUGCCUGACACAUUCAAUGAAGCCAAGUUCCUGACCUUCAGCAUGCUGGUGUUCUGCAGUGUGUGGGUCACCUUCCUUCCUGUCUACCACAGCACCAAGGGGAAGGCCAUGGUGAUGUUGGAGGUCUUCUCUAUCUUGGCCUCCAGUGCAGGGUUGCUAGGUUGCAUCUUUUUCCCCAAGUGCUACAUCAUUUUACUAAGACCAAGUAGAAAUUCACUUCAGAGCAUCAACAAAAAACAUACAGUCCAACCAUCUGAUUUUUAAAGUUAAGUCAUAUGUAUUAAUGUAGUGUAUGUCCUGUAAAAAACCUUUGUACUACUAUAGCCACUAAACAUUAGAAAAUGAUAAAAUACUUGCUCAUGUGUAAAAGUCUUAUUUGUUCUCUAAUGAUAUUUAUCAGCUUCCUUGCACAGGUUCCAUUCACUGCACGCACUGAAAUCCAGUUUCCCAAAGUGGCAUAUGCCUCUGGAGUUCAUUUGCAGUAGUAAGAGUAAUCAUUUUCUCACA